UAUCAGUCAUACGUAUGCCGAACUGCCGAAUGCCGUGAGGGAAAAUAUGCGAAUGAGCUGUACAGUAUACCAAUUAUUACGAUUUACGAACGACAGAUGACCGGAUUGUUUGUUUUUUUACAACUUAAAAUUACUCCUGCGAACGUUAUGGAGACGAUCAUCUAAUUAAUUGUUUAGGAUUCUGUUUUAUACUCGUGUGUCCGGCAAUCGAAACUCGGGAAUUCCUGAGGCGUAGAUUCCGAAAUCGAUUUCCAUGUCCGGUGUUUGACUGCAAUGCAGCGCGUCAAAACGUUUGCCGAAGUGUUAUCCCGAAACCGAUGGAAGGGGUCCCUUGGCGUCUACCCGGCGUUGACAGACUGGACACGUCGGCGAGGAGUGCACACGUCGGCCACGACCCUCGAGUUCCAUGAGUAUGAUAAGCGGAGUGGCUACGACACUGGGUUUGAGAUCGCUGAGACGCGUACCGAGAGAAUCCGUCUGGGUCUGCAACAGCUCAAAAAAGAAAUCAAACUAUGGAAAAAAGAAGUGCAAGAAGUUCUGAUAAGCGAUCCCAUAUUCGAAUACAGAGCAGGAGAAGUCGAUGUGUUUUGGAGAUUUUACGAAGAAUCUUCAUUGGAUCAUUGGAUUGUCACAAGUGAUAGUGAUCAUGCUGAGGGUUUUAGUAAAUGUGAUUUAAAAAUUGGUCAUCAGGGUUAUGGGCUUUUUCAUGGAAAUCUAUGUUCGAGAGUCCCAAAGGAUGGAAGGAUUCAAAAUUCCGGUUAUUGCAAUAUGAUAACAAAACGUGUUUCGAAAUCUUUUCAACGAGACAGUUUUUUGGACUGGAGUCCUUACACACAUCUUAAUUUACGUUUAAGAGGCGAUGGACGGAGUUAUCUAAUAAACAUACAUGUGUCUGGACAGUUUGAUAUUAUGUGGAAUGAUGUAUUUACAUUUGUGCUGUAUACUCGAGGUGGACCAUAUUGGCAAACCACAAGAAUACCAUUUUCAAAAUUCUUUUUUGCCAGCAAAGGACGGAUACAAGAUAAACAAGCACCAUUGCCAUUAUAUAGAAUUACUCAUUUUGGUAUUACUGUAUCGGAUAAAGCUGAUGGUCCUUUUCAAUUAGAAAUUGAUUAUAUAGGUGCCGAUUUUGAUCCUACCCAUCAUGAAGAGACUGCUUAUGAAAUGUAUGAAGUUCAACAAAAUUAUAUAAUCGGUACAUAAACCCAUAACUGUUUAUAGUGUUACUUUAUAGCUUAUUUAUGUUUAUGUUAACUAUCUUGUUGAACAAUAGUUUAAAUUUAAACUUACAAUCAUAUUAUAUUAAAUAAUAAUAUUUUAAUUUUUUUUUUUUAUUACAAUUGAGAUGUUAAUGAUACCAAAUACAUUUUUAUUGCGAUGCACUAGGGAUAUCAGAAAAGCAUAGUUUGUCUGGCUUUAAAAUCUUUUUAAGUAUUCAACUAGUUGUUUAAUAAAAUUAUGUGUUUCCAAUAAAAUUGUAGAACAAUA